AGUUCGCUCCUGACGUCACCGGUUCCGUCCCAACACGGAAAUAUGGAAUAGUGACAAGAAACGGCCGCUGCUGCUGUUUGUUGUUGUUGUUGUUGUUAUUAUUAUGGAUUAAAAGCGGUACCAGCUCAGCUUACAUUGGUUUUUGUUCCUUCACUUCGUUGGUCCUGUCGUAGCCUUUUUCGCGAUGUUCACACGGCCGCUGCUAACUUUGUGACACAUGGACGCCCGAGCUGGAAAUGGAGAGAGAGUUCGACCUCUGUUGUUAGUUCAAUAGCUUUCAGUCCUCCGUUUUGUUUCAGAGCCAUGAAAGAAAGCGUUUCGGGGGUCAUGGGGGCUUUCGGACGCCUGCUGCUGUUUCUUCUCCUGCUCUCCUGGGAAGGCAAACUAUUUCAGGUUGGAGGGGUCAGAUCAGUCACCCUCCCAGAAUCCCUCCUGUUCGUCUCGACGCUGGACGGUAACCUGCACGCUGUCUCCAAACAGUCAGGGGACAUCAAGUGGACCCUAAGAGAAGAAUACAUGGUUACCAUGUUUGAUACUAAGACACAGGAGCUGCGGUGGAACGCUACGUACAACGAUUACUCAGCUCCACCUUACGAUGAGAAACAAGACUACAAAAUGGCCCAUCUUGUGUCGAGCGGUGACGGUCUCGUGGUGACAGUUGACAGAGAGACAGGUGACGUCUUGUGGAGUCAGAACUAUGGCUCGCCCGUCAUAGGGGUCUACCUGUACUCUGGCGACUCGCUAAGACAUGCCCCCCACCUGUCCCUCGCCAUGGAAACGCUACGCUUCCUCACCUUCUCCUCUGCCAACGACCAGGCAGACGCACACUCUACACUGAAAUGGAGCUAUCAGUUUGUGAAGGAGCAAGCCAGCGCACAGGCUCAACUUGUACCCACUCUCUAUGUAGGAAAAUUGGACUCCCACCUCUAUGCCUCCACCUCCCUCGUCCACCAUGGAGUCUCAUUAGUGCCUCGGGGACUGACCCUGGCUCGGAUUGAGGGUCCAGUGACGGCUGGGGUGACGGUCAGAGAGCGAGGGGCGUGUGAGAUCACACCGUCCACUGAUGUGCGCUAUCCACCAGGGAGCACAAACAGCCGGAAAAACCACUGGCUGCUAAUAGGUCAUCACGAGCUUCCUCCGGUAGCUCAUACAACCAUGCUGAGAGAUUUCCCAGGAAGCCUGCAGCAUUCUGGUGAGGCAGUCAUCCCGCCUCGGGCCUCUGCCUCCCCCAUCUCCUCUGCCUCCUACUACCACCAGCGCUACUUUCAGACAGUUUCUGGUGGCCAUAGCGACACUAAUUCUAAUAGAGGAGGGGUUGAUGGGAGGACAUCAGGACAGGCUCAGAAACCGGCUGCUGUGCUGCCUGUCUAUAUGACUCAGGAUCGUCUUACUCUGGCUGUCCUGACACUGCUGCUGGGAGGAUGGCUGGCCUUCGCGCUCACGUACCCCGUUCGUGCAGCCCAGCAGCUGAAAGCUCAGAGGCAGCUGGAGGAAGCUUUUGAGUCUCGUCUCCAGCGCAUGCAGACAAACAUGCAGACCAACACGCAGGCCAGCGCGGCAAUAAACGCGCAGAUAAACACGCAGAUAAACACCCAGACAGCAACUCUGGUCUCUUCAGACACAACCCUUUCUACUGACACCAACCUCUCCAGUGACUCUCAGUCAGCAUCUGCUAGCCCUCCUCCCAGUCCUCACACUCACAGCAGCGGCACCUUAGAUAUAAAUGGCACUGCCGGGCUCAAACCCACAGCAGAAGGAAACAGUGAGGAGGUACAGGUGGGUAAAAUCUCCUUCACUCCCACGGAGGUCCUUGGACACGGGACAGCGGGAACUUUUGUCUUCAGGGGUACAUUUGACGGACGCCAAGUGGCGGUGAAGCGAAUACUGCCGGAGUGUUUCGAGUUAGCAGAACGUGAGGUGCAGCUCCUCCGAGAGUCCGACACGCACCCGAAUGUCAUCCGAUAUUUCUGCACAGAGAGAGACCGCCUCUUCACUUACAUCGCCAUUGAGCUGUGUACUGCAACCCUGCAGCAGUAUGUGGAGGAUCCAUCUUGCUUUCCUGGGCUGAAUCCUAUAACUCUGCUGGAACAGACCAUGUGUGGCCUCUCACACCUCCACUCACUCAACAUAGUCCAUCGUGACCUGAAGCCCAGAAACAUCCUCCUUUCUGGCCCCAGUGCGCUGGGUCAGGUGCGAGCUCUAAUCUCUGACUUUGGACUCUGUAAGAAGAUCCCAGACGGUCGGAGCAGCUUCUCUUUGCGGUCAGGAAUACCAGGAACUGAAGGAUGGAUAGCUCCUGAAGUUCUGCGGGAGACUCCUGGCAACAAACCGACAGCUGCAGUGGACGUGUUCUCAGCAGGCUGUGUGUUCUACUUUGUGGUCAGCAGGGGGCAGCACCCCUUUGGUGAUACAUUGAGACGACAGGUCAACAUCCUGUCAGGAGAAUAUUCACUCUCACAUUUUAUGGAGGAUAUACACGAUGACGUCAUAGCGCAUGAUCUGAUUGAGCAAAUGAUCAGCACUGAGGCCGAGUCCCGCCCCUCCACCGCCUGUGUGCUCAAACAUCCAUUCUUCUGGAGCCCUGAGAAGCAGCUGCUCUUUUUCCAGGAUGUGAGCGACCGCAUAGAGAAGGAACCACCCGACAGUCCGAUUGUUGUCAGACUGGAGACUGCAGGAAGAACUGUGGUUCGAACCAACUGGAGGUUGCAUAUCUCUGUGCCCCUACAGACAGACUUAAGGCGGUUCAGGACAUAUAAAGGAAACUCAGUCAGAGAUCUGCUGAGAGCCAUGAGGAAUAAGAAGCAUCACUACCACGAGUUGCCACCGGAGGUGCAGGAGACUCUCGGAGAGCUGCCCGAAGGCUUCGUCAGCUACUUCACCUCACGGUUUCCACGGUUACUGAUGCACACACACAAUGCCCUGCACAUCUGCAGCCAUGAGAGACUGUUUCAACCCUACUAUCUGCCCCCUAAUGCUAAAUAGCAUCCACAUGAUACAGACAUAUACACACACCUACACUGGUGUACUUUUUGUGAGCUAAAGAAAUCCCUGACAGUGCCCCGUUAUUGCUUUUGUAAAGCCCAGACUGUUUCUUGUUUAUUUUGAGAGGGAAGAUACAGUGCUAUGAAAAAGUUUUUAUAUGCCUUGAGUUUUUUUUUUUUUUGGAUUCAUUUUAUUUUUCUGCAGAUAUUGAUCACGUAUUUUUGAAAAUGUUCUUAAACUAUAUCCUAAUGAGUACCUAAUGUGCACUCUUCAUCAAAUAUACAUGAUGAAGAGCACAGUGGUUCAGAAAUGUAUUUCCCGGAAAAACAAAUUCAGGAGAGUGCCACCUGAUUUUGUUUUGGGGAAACAAACAGAUUGCAGUGCUUGAAUGAGGAGAUCUGAAGAAGAACUUUUUAAUAAGGCGCUCCAGGUUUCCUCAUUUCAGAUCUUGUAUGUUGAAGCACUGGUUUGAGCUUUGGGUUGGCGGAUGUGUGGAGAUUCUUUCAUCCUUAUUCUAUAUUGCAGUCCUCUUUUUAUUUUUAUUUAGUCAGAGCAACCAAUUAAAACUAAGUAUAGGAGAAGCAUACCUGUUUUCUCUCAAGUACAAUAGUUUAUUGGAAUAAAAGAAGAAAGUUCCAUAAUGGUCAAGAAUGGCCUUAAAACAAAUCACUUGUUCCUUGGCCCAUUCCACCAGAUUUCAUUGAAAUAUGUUUACAACUUUGAGAUAUCCUGCUAACAAACAAACAGACUGGAAACACGUUGACAGAAGGAAUUAUUUUAAAGGUAUUUUUUUAGAAUAUUUUCUGAGCAUUUUUGCCUUUACAAGAUAGUUAAUAGUAUAGAGACAGACAGUAAACAAGAGGAGAGUGAGGGGAAAUGACAUCCAACAAAGGUCUACAGUAUGAAGCCCAUAAUUUAAAAAGGAAGGUUGUCUGAAACUUAUAUAAUGAUAUAUAAUCUUACUUUAGAAUUACAGGAAAAUGUCAAGACUUUUUAAAUGAAAUUAAAAACAGUGUGCUCAGGUCUUGCACUCAAGUUGUAGCUACAAGUUUUAAACUUGCAGUUUUAAUAAUAAUUUGGAAAUUGAGCCAUUGCAACCUUUUACCAAUUGGAAACAUGUUGGAUUUUAGGGAGUCAAAUGAGUUUAUCGUAGAAGGGGAUGUUUACCUAUAAUAGCUGUGGAGUCCAGAUUAAAUCUGUCCACAAACAGUAUGUGAGGUGAACUAACUUUGUCACAACACUGUAGGUAAUUCAGACAGUGGACAGCAGGUUUUAUAACAAAUAAAGCUUGUGUUGCGUGUCAUAGAAGAAAUGUAUUCAGUUUACCCCCCACGACCACACACACACACAAAGAAAGUGCCAAAGACUCCACAAUAGUUACUUUGCUGUUUGUUUUAUGUAUUUGAUGUAUGUGUGUCCAUUACUGUAUUGCUGAAUGUAGCUACACUGACUAAAGAAUGUACUGAGCCUUGUUUUUCUGAACUAAAGGCAGUGCAUGGAGUGUAAUAGGGAAAUAUAAUUGGCACUGUUGAAAUGUGCAUAUGAUGUGAAAAUGUGUGCAAGAAAUAAUGCAACAAUGUCAACUACACUGACAAUUUUUUAAAAAUGUAUAGAGAUUUUUUUUUUUGGACUCAAUUUUAAACAGAAUUGCAGUUUUAUUUCUACCACUCCUGAAGGCAUCGCUUUGAGCUUUUUCCAGCCUCACAAAAUGUCACCCAGAGCCAUGUGAAAGCUCUUCCUGUAACUACUGGAUGAUGAAGUUUUUUUGUUUAUUGGUCUGCAGUAGAAUGAAUGAUGAAGAAUCAAACUUUUGUACUUUUUUCUUGAAUGAGUGAAUUAAAUUGACGCUUUGGGUGUGCCAAAGAAUGAAGUAA